AUGGACGAGAGGAUGGCUGUGAUCCGAGACUGGGUAAUCUCCCACGCGCGCACACAUAUCCAACUAGCCUUCAAGCGCCUGACUUCGGUCCGUCAACACGCGCAAACCGCCUAUCUGAAUUCAUUGCCCCACUACGACAUCUACAUGCGCUUUUCUGGCACGCCGCCUAUUCACCCCGUUUACAUCCAGCAACUGCAGUCGCAGAUCGCCGAAGCCCACGCUGAAUUCAAGCGCGGCAUCGACCUAGACUGGCGGGCGUCAGUCCUUCGCUAUCCCGAAGUCCUCGACUACUUCUACAGCCUUGUCGAGCUGAGGCUACCCGGUGAGGAGCAUCCCAGCGUCGUCGAACCACCAUUUGCUGCGGCUGGGUAUCAGGAUAGAGGGUACAUGGCCGGCGAGAACUCGAGAGUGGGGACGGAUAGGUUGAAGAGGAAGAAGCGAAGGGAUAGUGCUGGAGCGAUGGGGCAUCCAGCUGUCCAUGGUCUGAUGAGAAUGGCACCCCCACAAGUGCCUUCGCCGCCGAUGCAGCAUCCUGGGUAUGGUCGAAUGCCGCCUGGCUACCACUGA